AUGUUGGAUUCAGUAACGUAUUGUUACACUCCCAGAGGUAGUGACAUUAUAUUUCAGACUAGCUCCUUUAGAGCUACUUCUUAUACUUCAUGUCCAUGUCGACGUUACUUCAAUGUCUCGCGUGCUUAUAACCAGUUAGUGCAAAUCCGACCAAUUCCCAUACAUCAGAAAAUAUGUUAUCUUCCCUACAGAGCACACAAUGUCUUCAAGGGAACACCUUUGUCAUCUUACUCUAUUGCUGGUAGAGAAGAAUUUUCCUGUUUCAACUCUAGAUGGGUUCGGAAGGUGAGAUUGAGGCUAUGUGCAGCUCUUGACGUUGCCAGUGCUGUUGAUGUCAUCAAUGAUUUGGGACUAGACACCUUGACUUUCUUAGCUGUGACUGUACUGGUAGUUCCUGCUUUCAAAAUGAUCAAAGCUAGCCCUAUACUUGGCUUCUUCUUUGCGGGAGUUGUGCUCAAUCAAUUGGGUCUGAUUAGAAAUCUUAUAGAUGUUAAAGUUCUAUCUGAAUGGGGUAUUCUCUUCUUGCUGUUUGAGAUGGGGUUGGAGCUUUCACUCGCACGUUUAAAAGCUCUUGCCAAAUUUGCAUUUGGCAUGGGACUAAGUCAGGUACAUCUUGCCAAAUAUGUGUAG